UCAUCGUCGAAAUAUCACCCAAACAAGUCAGUUUUCAAAUCGAAACAGAACCUUGGUGCUCAUUUAAAUACCCGGUGUCUUGGACUUAGAUGGCCCGACCUGGAAAAUCUUGGUGAAAAAGAACGGAAUGUGUCGCACUCUUGAUUUCUUCUUGCUAUUGCAGUUGAUAUCACAUGUAGCUGCAGAUCCAAACGAUGCGGUAAUACUGCGCUUAAGGGAAAUGAAGAAGUUAGAAGUUCGGUACAACGGCAACUGGGGGAGCAUAUGCUUACAUGUACCUGGAUUCGAUGACAAAGCAGCAAAAGUCGCAUGUCGACAGAUGGGAUUUGGGAAUGGAAAACGCAGUUAUAGUGGGACGUUAGUGUCAAGUGACAAGCUAACAAUAGUCCUCGAUGACGUCACCUGCACCGGUGAUGAAGACGACUUCAGUAAAUGCACACUUCAAGUCCCGACCGGUAAUUGUAUGUUUGCUGUGGAGGUGGAUUGCGAAAGUGACCCAGCACUGAAUGGUUUGUUCGAUGUAAGCUUGUUGGGGAGUCCCAACCACGCCCACAUGGGAAUAUUGCACGCUACGAAAGCUGGAGCGACUGGAGCUGUGUGUUACGACAGCGGAUCAGCUGCCACCACAGUUGCCGGGAUCGUCUGCAAACAAAUGGGAUACAGAAAUGUGGAGAAGCAGACUGCGACCAACGCCUCAUCUUACAAUAGUAUCUUUAAUGCCACAUGUUUUGGAACUGAACUAACUCUUGCCGCCUGUACCUUGACGCCCGAGACUUCCUGCUCCUCAAACAACGUCAUUGAUGUUGAAUGUAAACUGGACAUGGCAUCACAGACACCAUUCGCCGUCCGGCUCUCCCAAUCUUCGAAAGCAGUGGUCGGGGCAAGCAGUGGGACAGUUGAGGUGAAAAAGUAUGGUAAAUGGGGCGUCAUCUGUGACUCUAGCUGGGAUAUCAGUGAUGCAAACGUCGCCUGUAGACAACUUGGAUUCAGGGGAGCUCUGCCGACCACUGGUUUCCCAACUGACGCCAAAUUCGGUCAAGGAACGGGUACAGUAUUCUGGAACAACGUGCAGUGCAAUGGCGAGGAACAAAGUAUAGAAGAGUGCAAACAUGACGAGGUCUUUGGGACCAGUGCGUGUAACUCCGUGAAUGCUUCAGGUGUGAUCUGCUCCAGUGAGGAAUGGCCAAAAAUUGGCAUUUGCGGCAGAAAUUGCACAAGACAUUUAACGGGAGGAGUCAUUUUUAUCCAAUCCGAAAACUACCCAAUAUCCAAUUUCGUUUACCACUCAUGUACCGUAUGCAAAGUUGAACUCAUGUCACCCACAAAUUUCACCGUCUACGUCCUACAGAAUAUGUUCCAGAACAACCAUAAUGAGACCCUGUCAUUCGGAACAAGCGAGGGCCUUGUUGAGACACUCUAUGGAGAUAACUGUACGAAAGGACCGAUAACAUUUGACACAAAGAAUUUAACGAUCGAGUUUCAAGCAAAUGGUAUAACUGGUGAGGGAAAAAUCAACAUUAUGGUGACAGCUACAGAACCAGUUGAGUUUACCUGUACGAAGCCAGUCACAGUUACAACAACGACAGCAACAACAACAACAACAACAGCAAGAACAACAGCAACAAAAACCACAAGAUCUACUGGUACGCCUAAGUCGGACAAACAAAUUGACGAUGAACCGCCUGAUAACGCUGGUCUAAUCGGUGCCGUGUCCGCUCUGGUUGUUUUGGUUGUAUUGGCUAUCAUUCUUGGGAUCAUUUUGUGGAAACUUGGUUUCGUCCGUUUUGGCCGGAAAGCUAGGAAUCCUGAUGGGAAUGGGCUCUACGAUGAGACUCACGUACCGACCAUUGGAGGAGGUACCGGGAACGAGGGUCCAGGGAACAACGUAAAUGUUGGAGGGGCCUACGGAAAUGUGGGUGAGCCAGUUUAUGUGAACAGCGUCUUCGUGGCUGACAUGCCGACAAACACCGGUCAAGAUCCAUCCAAUCGUCGUUCCGAAUAUGAAAAUAUGGAAGAAAUUGCCUUCAAUCAAGAGCGUUAUUCGGGCCACGCCACGCCACUUGCGGAACCAGUGCAAGGUGGUAGAGAUGUUCGAAACCAUGGAAACGGCGCCAAUGACACGACAGGUGUAGAUGAAGCAGAACCCCAGUAUGCAAAGCUUGAACCGGUGAAGCGGUCAGAAUAUGUCGACUUUCAGGGGCUUACUGCUAUACAGUUGAAGCCAAUUUUGAUAUCACAUGCAGCUGCAGAUCCAAACGAUGCGGUAAUACUGCGCUUAAGGGAAAUGAAGAAGUUAGAAGUUCGGUACAACGGCAACUGGGGGAGCAUAUGCUUACAUGUACCUGGAUUCGAUGACAAAGCAGCAAAAGUCGCAUGUCGACAAAUGGGAUUUGGGAAUGGAAAACGCAGUAAUAGUGGGACGUUAGUGUCAAAUGACAAGCUAACAAUAGUCCUCGAUGACGUCACCUGCACCGGUGAUGAAGACGCCUUCAGUAAAUGCACACUUCAAGUCCCGACCGGUAAUUGUAUGUUUGCUGUGGAGGUGAAUUGCGAAAGUGACCCAGCACUGAAUGGUCUGUUCGAUGUAAGCUUGUUGGGGAGUCCCAACCACGCCCACAUGGGAAUAUUGCACGCUACGAAAGCUGGAGCAACUGGAGCUGUGUGUUACGACAGCGGAUCAGCUGCCACUACAGUUGCCGGAAUCGUCUGCAAACAAAUGGGAUACAGCGGUGUUGAGAAGCAGACUGCGACCAACGCCUCAUCUUACAAUAGUUCCUUUACUGCAACAUGUAUUGGAACUGAACUAACUCUUGCCGCCUGUAACUUAACGCACGGGACUUCCUGCUCCUCAAACAACGCCAUUGAUGUUGAAUGUAAACUGGACAUGGCAUCCCCAUUCGCCGUCCAGCUCUCCCAAUCUUCGAAAGCAGUGGUCGGGGCAAGCAGUGGGACAGUUGAGUUGAAAACGUAUGGUAAAUGGGGCGUGAUCUGUGACACUGGCUGGGAUAUCAGUGCUGCAAACGUCGUCUGUAGACAACUUGGAUUCAAGGGAGCGGUACCGAUCACUGGUUUCCCAACUGACGCCAAAUUCGGUCAAGGAACGGGUACAGUUGUCUGGAACAAUCUGCAGUGCAAUGGCGACGAACAAAGUAUAGCCGAGUGCAAAUAUGUUGAAGUCUUUGGGACGAGUGAGUGCAACUCGGUGAAUGCUUCGGGUGUGAUCUGUUCCAGUGAGGAUUUGCCAUCAUUUGAUGACAUCUGCUCUGAUGCGACGUUCACGAUCCCUGCGAAUUUUUCUUUCCUCCAAUCUCCGGGGUACCCAAAUAAGUUCAGUUACGAAAGCGGCACAACAUGUUCCUGCACGUCUACAAACCUCACUGCAGCCACAGCGCUAUCCUUGUACAUUUAUCAGAAAAUGUUCACGCAGAACCACGUGGAAUCCUUGACAUUUUAUGACAACGGCUCUCAGAUUCAGUUGUAUGGCGACAAUUCUUCAGCUGGCCCAUGGCCAUUUAACUUCACAAAUACGGAUAACUUCACGAUUCAAUUCCAAUCGAAUAAGAGCGAUGGUGAAGGGAAAUUAAAUAUUCAGAUAAAAGCUACAACAGCAGUAGAGUUUACCUGCACGAAGACAACCAAAGUUACCACGAUAGCAACAACAACAACAACAGCAACAACAAUAACAACAAUAACAAGCUCUACUGGUACGUCUAAGACGGACAAAUCAAUUUGCGAUGAACCGCCUGAUAACGCUGGUCUAAUCGGUGCCGUGACAGCUCUGGUUGUUUUGGUUGUAUUGGCUAUCAUUCUUGGGAUCAUUUUGUGGAAACUUGGUUUCGUCCGUUUUGGCCGGAAAGCUAGAAAUCCUGAUGGGAAUGGGCUCUACGAUGAGACUCACGUACCGACCAUGGGAGAAGGUACCGGGAACGGGGGUCCAGGGAUUUACGUAAAUGUUGGAGGGGCGUACGGCAACGUGGGUGAGCCAGUUUAUGUGAACAGCGCCUUCGUGGCUGGCAUGCCGACAAACACCGGUCAAGAUCCAUCCAAUCGUCCUUCCGAAUAUGAAAAUAUGGUAGAAACUGCCUUCAAUCAAGAGCGUUAUUCGGGCCAGGCCACGCCACUUGCGGAACCAGUGCAAGGUGGUAGAGAUGUUCGAAACCAUGGAAACGGCGCCAACGACUCGACAGGUGUAGAUGAAACAGAACCCCAGUAUGCUAAGCUUGAACCGGUGAAGCGAUCAGAAUAUGCCGACUUUCGGGGGCUCACUGCUGAACAGUUGAAACCGAUUUGAGUUUUUAUCGGCUGAGUUAGGUUAAGAAACUGCCUGCAUGUGAUAUUUUGUACAGUGUGUUUCACCUUAGGGUGACGUGAUUGGCUCAGUAGUAUUUUGCAUAUGCAAAAUCCCUAAUAAUCUUCUGUCUACUAAGUAAGCAUUUUGCCUUCACGUCCUUAGGGUAACUGAGUGUCGAAAAUUUAAAACUCUGCGAGAGGUGAAAAUCUUAUUAACUAUUGAAGAACUGUGGGACUUAUCUUGACAUCAUUUGCAGAAUCUACGGGUUGCAAAGUGGAUGAAUCCACCACGGAAACUCUUCAUGUCUUGAUUAAUUUUGUUCUACAGCAUUAUUACAAAUAGGACUGGUUCCACGAAAACGGGAAACCGCCACUGACUUACUAAUCCGGGAGGCACGAUUUUUAAAUUUCAACGAAUCGGCUCUCGUGGAAUCAUUCGCUUUUCUUUAGAUUUACUUUUGCUGUCUAGAAACAAAACAAAAAGGGACUUCAGUGCCCGAUCGCGUUACUGACGGCGCGCGUAUGGCCGGAGGUAACGGAGGGGGGAGGCGUUCAGGAUGUCAGUGCCCCUUUUGCAGAUCUAGAGUUAAUGAUAGUAUGACUGUUAUGAUCAGACAUCAAUUAUGUUUAGUUGCCUCUGUCGUUUUCGAUCUAUCGAUCCCCCAAAAGCUGUUUCGAGGGGGUCGAGGUUGUCACGAUUUGCACUGAUAACCUUGUGAUAGAGAGUAGAACAAGAGAAAUUUAGACCUAGGUGCGAGUGGGCUUUGUUUUAAGGCAAUAGGCCGUGUAUUGGGCUAGGCCUGAAUUUGGUCAAUUGCGAAGUAAGGGGCCAAAUAACGUGAUACAGUUUUUUGUCAUUCCAGUCGCACCAAUAUUUUACAAAAUGUAAAUAUUUAUUUGUAAUUGACAAGAUGCAAUAAAUUCAGAUUUGAUACU